AUGACCGGCUUCAACAGGUUAUUUGCAGCCGAUGUGUAUGGUGCAAUAAAUGUGUGGGACAGAAGAAUGAGUGAUCUCCCAUGUCUUGAGCUCACAACUGAUUCCAUUGGUGCUGUUAAUCGUAUUAAUUGUAUUAAGUUAAAUGCGGAGAAUCAGAUCAUUUUUGGAGCUAGCAAGUACGGUAUUGUAUAUAUGUGGGAUCUUCGUGGAGGAAGAUCAACUGCUGCUUUUCAAAGCCAUAAAGGA